CACCAUCAUCACCAUUGUUGUUGUUUUUAUUGUUGUUGCAUUGCUAUUAUUAUUAUUUUUGCUUGCUUGCUAUUAACGCCUGCGGUAGAGUAAACACAGCUCGAUUGUCCAUCGAAUGCCCGAAGCCCCUUUUCCUGUAGUCACAUACUGGCGCGUGUUUAUUUUGUUCCUUCUAUGUACUCUAUCUACGUAGGAAGCCGGCGGCCGGAGCACGGAGAGGGCGUCGAAAAAAGGAAACCACGGGUGGGGAAAAAACAAAGGUCAACUAUACCGGACGUUGGACAAGAAUUGCUAAGAUCUUACUGCAAUGCCCGCCGUCCUACUGAUGUACAGUGUAUCUAGAUGGAUUGGUGUGAUGUACGUAGUAUGUGCGUUUAUGUGUGUGUGGAUGUGUGGGUGGGUGGGUAUGUACGAGCGGGACCAAGCAAGAGCCCGGAACAAGGGGGUGGUGAUGGUGGUGGUGGUGGUGGUGGUGGUGGUGGUGGUGGUGGUGAUGCUGGUGGAGGUGGUGGUUACCACUACUACCCUCCAUACCACCUCCACUGCUCCCGUACCACUACUAUACUCUCCGUACCACUACGCUCCAUACCAUUCAUUCAUCGCCCUUAUCACGUCCUAUCGGCGUUUGGGCUUUCCGAUGGGUGAAGGUCCGGCGGCGUGUGCGUCUGUGCUUCGGAGGUUGGUCAAAAUGGUGAUGAGGCGAAGGAAAUUGGUCAUCAUUCCCUCAUGCGAGGCGGGCGGGUUCUUCAAGGAGGCAGGGAAGUUCUUCAAGGCACAGGGAGAGACGCGGAGAGAGGGAGAAGGCGGAGACGGGGGCGAACAGCAGGAACAGCAAUUGCUGGUGCUGCAGCUCAAGGCACUGCGCACAGCACAGCUCAGCGGGCCCAACGGACAGAGCAGAUUCUUCCUGGCCGACCCAGCUCAUUAA